AAACCUCCUCAUAAAUCCUCCUGCUUUCACCUUUCAUGCACAUUCAUAAAUAACAGGAACCCCAAAACACAGAUUUUGCAUUUGCAUUUCGACAGCUUUUCGAGUUUGAUAGAGAAUCUGAAUCAUUGAUCAUGGCGAAGAGCGACGUAAAGGUUUUGGGAGCGUGGCCGAGCCCAUACGUGAUGAGGGCUCGGAUCGCGCUCAAUAUCAAGUCAGUGGAGUAUGAGCUUCUUGAGGAGACGUUCGCACCCAAAAGCCAGCUUCUUCUCCAGUCCAAUCCAGUCCACAAGAAAAUCCCAGUUCUCAUUCAUGGUGAUAAGCCCGUCUGUGAGUCUCUCAUCAUUGUGGAGUACAUCGAUGAGGUUUGGGCCUCAGGCCCGUCGAUUCUCCCUUCUGACCCGUUGGAUCGCGCUACUGCAAGAUUUUGGGCUGCCUACGUCGAUGAGAAGUGGUUUCCGUCGCUGAGAGGCAUUGGUGCCGCUCAAGAAGACGAGGCAAGGAAGGCAGCAGUCGAGCAAGUUGCAGAAGGGCUGGCUCAAAUGGAGGAAGCCUUUCAAAAGACCAGCAAAGGCAAGGACUUCUUCAGUGGAGACAAAAUUGGGUACCUGGACAUUGCAUUCGGGUGCUUCUUGGGGUGGCUCAGAGUCACAGAGAAAAUGAAUGGGGUCAAAUUUCUGGACGAAGCAAAGAUCCCAGGGCUGGUCAAAUGGGCUGAGAAGUUCAGUGCAGAUCCUGCUGUGAAGGAUGUUAUGCCGGAGACUGACAAGUUGGCUGAGGUUGCAAAGAUUAUUAUGGCCAGAUUGAGAGCUGCAGGUGCUUCCAAGUGAUUAAUUAGUGAAACAAAUCAAUGGAUCUUGUUGUUUAAACUAGUGACUAAGAAAUUAAGUCGGAUGUAUUAGACACAAUGCUGUAGUUUGGUAAAUUAUUAAGUCGGAUGUAUUAGACGAUGCUGUAGUUUGGUAAACUCAUGGACUUUGUUUUAUUUUGUGUCUGGUUUUUAUGUUUAUUUGAUAGUGAAAUAAAUCAUUUACGUGCAUCUACUAGUUCAAUAGAUGUCUUUUAUAUAAA